CCUGAGCCUUCUUUUGCUUAAUUCUCACGUCCUGCUGAACUGUUACUUUGAUCGUACUUUUGCUCGAGACAAUCGAAAAUGAGCUCCGAAAUUUGUAGCGCAAAGGGAAAUGGGAACUGCUUGGGAUGGGCUGCGAGGGAUGCUUCUGGAGUCCUAGCACCUUACAAGUUUAACCGAAGGGAUGUUCAAGGUGAUGACGUUUCGAUAAAGAUUACACAUUGCGGAGUAUGUUAUGCUGACAUUCUUUGGCCAAGGAACAAACAUGGAGAUGCAACUUAUCCUAUGGUGCCUGGACAUGAGAUUGCUGGCAUUGUUCAAGAGGUUGGUCCAAAUGUUCAUCGCUUCAAAGUUGGCGACCAUGUUGGAGUUGGAACUUAUACUAAUUCAUGUCGAGAUUGCGAGCAUUGUAACGAUGGCCUAGAAGUUUACUGUAAUCGAAGAGUAGGAACUUAUAACCGUCUUGAUUAUGAUGGUACACUCACAUAUGGAGGAUUCUCCACUUUCACUGUUGUCCAUGAAAGGUACUGCUUUAAAAUACCAGAAGAGUAUCCAUUGGCUUCAGCAGCACCACUGCUUUGUGCUGGUAUUACUGUUUACUCUCCCAUGAUGGACCAUAAGAUGAACCAACCGGGGAAAUCCCUAGGUGUGAUCGGCCUUGGCGGUCUUGGUCACAUGGCUGUGAAAUUCGGCAAGGCUUUCGGACUCAAUGUCACCGUUUUCAGCACAAGCAUGUCGAAGAAAGAUGAAGCUUUAACUGUGCUUGGGGCAGACAACUUCGUAGUCUCGUCUGAUCAAGACCAAAUGACGGCACUAGCUAAGUCACUUGACUUUAUCAUUGACACAGCAUCUGGUGAUCACCCAUUCGACGAGUACAUGUCACUACUGAAGACUGCUGGUGUUCUAGUCCUCGUGGGUGCCCCAAGUGAAAUCAAAUUGAGCCCUCUAAGCCUUAUUAUGGGCAAGAGAUCAAUUACUGGUAGCGCAUCAGGUGGUACAAAACCAAUUCAAGAAAUGAUAGACUUCUGUGCUGCUCACAAAAUAUAUCCAAACAUAGAAGUUGUUCCAAUUGAGUAUGUGAAUGAAGCUGUUGAGCGAAUCAUAAAAAAGGAUGUUAAGUACCGAUUUGUGAUAGAUAUUGAAAAUUCCUUGAAAUGAAGGUAUAAUGGACCGGUACUAAUGACAUUAAUCCCCCUCUUUUAUAAAUAAGAGGUCCUGGCUUCUUGGAUUAUUGGGCUGAUGGGCCUAUUUGUCGUUUUGGUAUGUGGGCAAAGGUAUUCCUCGGCUUGGCCUGGGUGUGGGCUUUGUUUGUAUUCUGGUAGGGCAUGUUCAGGGCUUCUUUUAGGGUAUCAUCAUUGAAUCCAUAUUUACUAGUGGGCUUGUGGUUUCUACUUUCGGCUAUCUUUAAUUUUUGGGUAUUGCUGGGUC